GCCCUACUCAGCUCAUCUUGCGGCACGACCUCAUACAAGACCACACCUGUUGUUCACUCUUUUCGUCCUUUUAGCCCUGUUGCGCUUUUGCUUGCUUUAAGAACUGAAAAGCACUCUCGAAAAGAUGGAGAAUCAGACGCCGCGACGACCUACUACGUCCACCCCAACACAAAAGUACCUCAUAGCAUAUAAUGCGGUCUGCCUCGGACUAUGGUCAAUCGUUACCCUCCGCGCAUUGAUUCUGAUACCGACACUGGCCACCUUCGGAAAGCUCGAGGGGCUUUUUGAAGCGCUGUUCCCGAUGCUCAAAUGGACUCAAACAAUAGCCCUCCUCGAGGUUGUACACGCUGUGGUGGGCCUCGUCAGAGCUAGCCCGAUCACCACGGCAAUGCAGGUGGCUUCGAGAAUACUGGUGGUGUGGGUAGUGCUUGAAAUGUACCCCGAGAUUGUCGUCAGUACCAACAUCUACGGACGCCAGGUACCGGGGUCAACAACGGGUCCGAUUGCGUUUUCUGGGAUCCUUACGGCAUGGGGAAUCACAGAGAUUAUUCGCUACGGAUUCUUUGUGUGGAAAGCGGCCGUUAGUGAGAGGGUGCCCGCAGCUUUGACGUGGUUACGAUACAACACCUUUUUCGUCCUAUAUCCCGUUGGCAUUACCAGCGAAUGUUUGCUCAUGUACUUGGCUUUGGCACCGGCUGCGAAGCAAGGGAAGAGCGUUGACCUGCUUUUGAAGAUCGUGCUUGGGAUUUAUGUCCCUGGAAGCUAUAUCUUAUACACGCAUAUGAUGACACAGCGACGAAAGUCUUGAAAGGAAAAGGAAAGUCGGCUUAAAUGUAUUGGUGGGCGAUCUUGGAAAGGAAUAGCUACGAGCAACCAAUCGGCCCUGAGAGUCUGUUUUUGGAGGCUGAGCGAACCAGGGGCACAUCCAGUGGAGAGGGACCAGCAAGCAAAGGGAGCCCGGACAUGCUCUACAUAGAUAUCAGCAAGGAAGGUGGAACAACACGAGUAUCCAAGGUAGUGAAAACAUCUCAUCCGUCGGAUUUGUAUGGGCAUAUCCCAGUUUCCUUAUUAAGAGAGUGUUUGCGG